AUGGUCAUAUUGAGGCAGGGGUGGAUUCAUGCAAGAUCAUGUAUGUGCAACUUCCUGUAACCCUUGGUAUCUUUUAUCUUCAUGUUUUUCAACUGUCUGCAUCAACCUGUUCCCCCUCCUGUUGGGUGAAGGCAAUGUCGGACUUCGACAACAAGAGAGUCACCGAGGGCCUGAUCUGGUCAGUAGAAGCGGUGGACACUCGGAUAAUCUGUGUGAGGAGUUGCAUGAAGGAUGGUCAGUGUAUGAUGGCAGGGUACACCCCGGGCAGUGGUCAGUGUCGCGGAUACAACGUGGACGUCAGGUCUCCGGACAACGUUACAACUGUUGACGAUCCCGGCUUCAGCAUGUACUUGAUGUGUAGAGCCCUUAAUUUCAUUGGCAAGAUGUGUAACAGUUCCAGUGACUGUUCUGGCGACAGGUCUGUCUGUGAAUCUGGACAGUGUCUGUGUGAUAUCGGCUACAGUCACUCCAGACACAAGGGGUACGACACAUGUGACAGAGACUGCACAAACUACGGAUCGACCUUCACCUCAUAUUCUGACCGUGCAAUACAGUCUUCGAAUACCAAAACCGUUUUCGGUCUUUCCGUGGCAUCCUGCCAACAGUUCUGUCUCAAUGAAACCACAUUCCUGUGCAAAAGCUAUGAAUACUAUUUCGCCGAUGAGAAAUGCAACACUAUGUCAUUUUCUUGGCUGGACAAAGGCACUGACUUCCACCGUGUCCUUCCGGACUGGGCUUACUAUAACCGGAACUGUAAACUUUGAACGUAGGUCAUCAAAGGAUCCAGAUACUUCGCCAUAUCACGGUCAUAAAUCGUCGGUACCUUUCGAUAUUUCUAAAGACUAGACUCACUUUGCGACUAUUAUUCUGCGUGGUAAGCUCAACUUUCUAAGCCUUGUAAUUCUUGGAAAUAAAUCAUCUGAACUUU